AUGGCAAGCAAAACCAGAAAUAUGCUCGAGAAUCUUGUAAGAGAAGGAUCCUUUAAAUGGUUGCUUGGAAAUCGAAGCCCUUUUGAUGAAGAAUUGGAAGAGAUGGGAAGGUCUCCCUCAGCCCAGACCAAUUGGGUACCAGAGCUAUCUCCUAUUGCAAACAUAGUUGUCCGUAGAUGCUCAAAAAUCCUUGGUGUUCCUACAACUGAGCUUUGUGAAGGCUUCAAUUCAGAGGCGUCUGAAUCUAUAAAGCUUCCACUGUGCUAUGCAAAGAACUUUUUGGAAUAUUGCUGCUUUCGAGCACUUGCUCUGUCAACUCAAGUAACAGGUCAUCUGGCUGAUAGAAAGUUUCGACGCCUGACUUAUGACAUGAUGCUAGCUUGGGAGGCUCCAGCUGCAACAAGCCAACCUAUACUAGCGGGGCCCACGUCUUUUGUGCAGUUAGAUGAGGAUUUAUCAGUUGGGGUAGAGGCUUUCUCUAGAAUAGCUCCAGCAGUUCCUACUAUUGCAAACGUCAUUAUCAGUGAGAACAUUUUUGAGGUGCUUACAGCAUCAACUGGUGGAAGGCUUCAAUUCUCCACAUAUGACAAGUACCUAAGUGGACUAGAAAGAGCAAUAAGGAAAAUGAGGACCCAAUCAGAGUCAUCACUUCUUUCUGCCAUGCGAUCACCAAGAGGAGAGAAGAUUCUGGAAGUGGAUGGAACAGUCACUACCCAACCAGUUCUUGAGCAUGUAGGAAUUUCUACAUGGCCUGGAAGGUUAAUUCUGACAGACCAUGCAUUUUACUUUGAGGCUCUACGUGUUGUAUCUUAUGACAAGGCAAAACGAUAUGAUCUAUCAGAUGACCUAAAACAGGUUGUGAAACCUGAGUUGACUGGCCCAUGGGGUACUAGACUUUUUGACAAGGCAGUCUUUUAUAAAUCAAUUUCAUUAUCAGAACCAGCUGUAAUUGAGUUUCCUGAGCUGAAGGGGCAUACUCGUCGUGAUUAUUGGCUAGCAAUCAUAAGAGAGAUUUUAUAUGUUCAUAGAUUUAUAAAUAAUUUCCAGAUCAAGGGGGUUAAACGGGAUGAAGCUCUUUCAAAGGCUGUGCUUGGGAUUCUGCGACUACAGGCCAUUCAAGAAAUUUGUUCUGCAAAUCCUUUACGCUACGAGGCUCUUUUAAUGUUCAAUCUUUGUGAUCAAUUACCAGGUGGAGAUUUGAUACUUGAAACCCUUGCAGAUUUGUCAACUGUAAGGGAAUUAGAUAGGUCUAGCAAUUCUAAACCUGGAGGUGGAAUGUAUUCGAUCUCAGCCUUGGAUAUGAUUUCUAACUUGGGCUUUGCAUUUGGAACAAGUUCUAAUAAUUCUGUUGAGGCUGGGCUUGCCGUAGGUGAGAUAACUGUGGGAGAAGUUACUAUGCUGGAAAGAGCAGUAAAGGAAUCUAAAAGCAACUAUGAAAAAGUGGCGCAAGCACAAGCAACAGUAGAUGGAGUCAAAGUGGAAGGCAUUGAUACAAAUUUUGCAGUGAUGAAGGAGUUACUGUUUCCAUUUAUGGAACUGGGGAAGUGCCUUCUUUCUUUAGCAUUCUGGGAGGAUCCAAUGAAGUCUUUGGUUUUCUGUGGUGUUUUCACUUACAUCAUUUGCAGGGGAUGGCUGAGCUAUGCCUUUGCACUGAUGCUUGUCUUUAUUGCGGUCUUCAUGGCCCUCACCCGAUAUUUUAGCCAAGGGAAGUCUAUUCAUGAGGUUAAAGUGUUAGCACCUCCGGCAAUGAAUACAAUGGAACAGCUUUUGGCUGUUCAGAAUGCAAUUUCCCAAGCUGAAGGGAUCAUCCAGGACGGGAAUGUUGUUCUUCUCAAGAUACGUGCCUUGCUACUGUCCCUUUUUCCUCAGGCAAGCGAAAAAUUUGCGGUAGCUCUUGUAGUUGCAGCUUUGACUCUAGCCUUCGUGCCCAGUAGAUAUGUUUUUCUAUUAAUGUUUUUGGAGAUGUUCACGAGGUAUUCGCCUCUGAGAAGAGCUAGCACGGAGAGAUGGAUGAGAAGAUUGCGAGAGUGGUGGUUCAGCAUACCCGCGGCUCCCGUUAUACUUGAAAGAGAAAAGGAGGAGAAAAAGAAGAAAUGA